UUGCCGGAGUAUUUUUGAGGUGACGUAUGAAAAUCCGCGCGGGAGAAAUGGUAAACUAUAUAAGAGCUUAGAAAGGACGAUUAUGUUUAUAUUAUUGUUGAAGUUCCAAGUGAAAUAGUGUUUGGUGUAGACAAGAAAUGGCUUUUCUAUAUAAACUGGUAUACUGCGUUGCUGUGAUCACAGUAGCAAAAGCCAUACCAACGACAAAAAGCCCCAAGACCUACCAAACCGAAGAGACCGAUGACAGCUACAACCCGCGACCGUACGACGAGCCGAUCACCUACGAGUCCUUCGCCAUCCCCACCAACCUCCAACUCCCCAAAUCCGAGUCAGCGCAAGUCCCUUUCUACGUCCCUGACAUCACCACAGCCCUAAAAGCGCCCCAAUACAGCUCCGAACCCAACUACUACCAAGUCCCCAUACCGGCCCAAGACCUCGUCGCCCCCUCUGAAACCGCCUGGAACCCAGACAACGACCCCAAAUUCUUCUACGAAGUCCCGGCCUCCCUCACCCAGCAGAACAUCCCCACCAACCUCUACCCCAAGAAAUUCAACAAAGACGUCCACGUCAAGAGCAAACCCUACUCGAGCAAACCCAAACAGGAAAUUGUUUUGGAGCCCAUCAACGAGAAACAGUUCCUUGCCAAGCAGAAGAGUUUGACCAAGGUUUACGACAGUCUGGCGAAGAAGGAGAAUCAGAAGGAUCUUCAGUCACAACAGGCAGUUCAGAUAUGAAGAAAGAGAUAAAGAGGGGAUUGUGAAGGGUCAUUUUGGUUUCUUCGAUAAACGUGGAAAAUUGCAAAUGGUUCAUUACGACGCACAUCCCCAUGAAGGUUACCAUGCAGAUGGAAAUUUCGGCAAAUAUUAAUUUGUUAUUAGUUCAAUGUUUCAAAACGCUCAAAUAACACUAUUAUAAAUCAAUGUUUUAUAUUGGUUUUUAGUAUUAGGUUUAAAGGAUCUUGAGAGGUGUGUGCAGCUCUCUUGUUAUCUAUUUUUAUUAUUAUGUGAAUAAAAGUUUUAAUAAUACAA